AAGAGACGCUGGAGUUAACACGUCGCCAAUAGAUCAAGUGUGAGUGUAAAGUAUGCGACUGUUGAAAUAUUUGUAGAGUUCCAUCGAUGGCGGAGGACAAGGAGGAGCGACACGGUCAAGUGGACGCUGUUUUUGGGAUACAUGCAGCAGAUGUCAGCCAAGGACAUCUUGGGCAGAAGGAUUGGAGCUCCACGGUGGAGACACGGCCCCCCCAUAUUAAAGAAGAAGAAGAGGACCCACAGCCCCCCCAUAUUAAAGAAGAAGAGGAGGAUCCACAGCCCCCCCACAUUAAAGAAGAAGAGGAGGAUCCACAGCCCCCCUACAUUAAAGAGGAAGAGGAGGAAGACAGCGUCAGUCAGGGAGAGGGCCCAGUGAAGAGUGAAGAUGAUGAAGACGAAGGUGAAAGUGAGGACAAGAGAGAAGAAGUGCGGUCUCGAGAAGGCUCACUAGCGGACGGCCUCUUAGCUCCGCUAUCAGAUAGCGAUGACGUGACGUCACCCUCCCCUGACACCGAUGACGAGGACGUGAAAGCCGAUGGCGCCAACACUCGCUGGAAGUGCUCUCAAUGCGGCAAACGACUGAGCAGCAAGUCCAAUCUGAUCGUACACAUGAAGACCCACACCGGAGAGAAACCAUUCAUGUGCUCAGUUUGCGGUAAAAGAUUCUCCCGGAAAGGAAGUUUGACAGUACACACAAGAAUCCACACCGGAGAGAAACCUUUUCCCUGUUCAAUGUGCGCUAUACGUUUUGCAAGAACAGACGAGUUGAAAGUUCACAUGAGAAUCCACACUGGAGAAAAACCUUUUACCUGCUCUGUGUGUGGAAUAAGUUUGGCACGAAACAAUGAGUUGAAAAUCCACAUGAGAAGACACACCGGAGAGAAACCGUUCAGCUGUUCAGUGUGUGGUAAAAGAUUUUCACAAAAUGUACAUUUGAAACAACAUACAAGAAUCCACACUGGAGAGAAACCUUUUACCUGUUCAGUGUGUGGGAUGGGUGUCGCACGGAAAGAUGAGUUGAAAAUACAUAUGAGAAGACACACUGGGGAGAAACCUUUCAGCUGUUCCGUGUGUGCUAAAAGAUUUUCCCAAAAUGCACAUUUGAAAACACAUAGCAGGAUCCACACUGGAGAGAAACCUUUUACCUGCUCGGUGUGCGCCUUAAGUUUUUUACGGAAUGAAUAUUUGAAAAAACACUUGAGGACACACACUGAAGAGAAACCUUUGACCUGCUCUGGCGGUACGUUCACAUACAGUGAAAUAAUGGGACUGCCCCAAUAAGAGGUGCCUGCAGCCCCCUUAGCUUGUCUGGAGUGGGCUCCAGCAUGGAUGGUUUAAUGCAUGGUUGAAGCUGGUGGAUGCUUUAUGAACUAUAGAGAAACCUCUGGUGUUUUCAGUUGGGUUAAGUUUUUUUGUUCAACGAUAUGAAC